UCCGCUGUUUCUGCUUUGACCUCGCCGAUAACGGAGUGGAUAGUGUAAGUAGUGUUGUGUACUCUGCGUGGUGGAUGAUGGCCGCUUCAAAGCCCGUUGAGCCGCAGUCCGGGAGCAGUCUCCCCCGCUGGCAGCUGGCCCUCCUGAUCGGAACCCCCAUAGUACUGGGUGUAGGAGCUGUUUACAUGUGGAACCGCAGCAAGACGAAGGACUCACCGGGGAAACGGGAUGGGGAACGGACAACUCCAGAAGGCAGCGCUAGCCCCAUCCAGGGCCAAGACGGCGCAGCUAACCGAGCUAGUCGUGAGCAGGAGGACAUGAGUCCUCUGGACCGGGCCCAGGGUGCUAAGAACAAGGGCAACAAGUACUUCAAGGCUGGGAAGUAUGAGCAGGCAAUCCAGUGUUACACAGAGGCCAUCGGUCUGUGUCCUAGAGAGAACCAGACAGACCUGUCCACCUUUUACCAGAACAGAGCUGCUGCCUACGAACAGCAGAUGAAGUGGACCGAGGUGGUGCAGGACUGUUCCCAGGCUGUAGAGAUGAACCCUCGCUAUAUCAAGGCCCUGUUCAGGAGGGCCAAGGCCCUGGAGAGACUGGACAACAACAAGGAGUGUCUGGAAGAUGUGACGGCGGUGUGUAUCCUGGAGGCCUUUCAGAACCAGCAGAGUAUGCUGUUAGCAGACAAAGUCCUCAAACUGCUGGGGAAGGAGAAGGCCAAAGACAAAUACAAGAACCGUGACCCCCUGAUGCCUUCUCCUCAGUUCAUCAAGUCCUACUUCAGCUCCUUCACCGAUGACAUAAUCAGCCAGCCUCUCCAGAAGGGCGAGAAGAAGGACGAGGACAAGGACAACGAGGGAGAGGCCGCAGAGGUCACAGAAAGUUCUGGUUACCUGAAGGCCAAGCAGUACAUGGAGGAGGAGAACUAUGAUAAGAUUAUCAGUGAGUGCACUAAGGAGGUGGAGUCUGGGGGCCGGUACACUGCUGAGGCCCUGUUGCUACGGGCAACCUUCUACCUCCUGAUUGGCAACGCCACCGGUGCCCAGCCAGACCUGGACCGGGUCAUUAACAUGGAGGACGCCAACGUCAAGCUGAGGGCCAAUGCUCUGAUCAAGCGUGGCAGCAUGUACAUGCAGCAGCAGCAGCCUAUGAUGUCAACGCAGGACUUCAACAUGGCCGCUGAGAUCGACACGCGCAACGCAGACGUCUACCACCACCGGGGACAGUUGAAGAUCCUUCUGGACCAGGUGGAGGAGGCUGUGGGAGACUUUGAUGAGUGCAUCCUGCUCAGACCUGACUCUGCUCUGGCACAGGCUCAGAAAUGCUUUGCCCUGUACAGACAGGCGUACACUGGCAACAGCCAGUCCCAGGUGCAGACGGCCAUGGACGGCUUUGAGGACGUCAUCAGGAGAUUCCCUAAGUGUGCCGAGGGAUACGCUCUGUACGCUCAGGCGUUGACUGACCAGCAGCAGUUUGGCAAGGCAGAUCAGAUGUACAACAAGUGCAUUGACCUGGAGCCAGACAACGCUACAACAUACGUCCACAAGGGGUUGUUGCAGCUCCAGUGGAAGCAGGACUUGGACCUGGGCCUGGACCUCAUCAGCAAGGCCAUCGAGAUCGACAAUAAAUGUGACUUUGCCUACGAAACCAUGGGAACUAUUGAAGUUCAAAGGGGGAACCUGGACAAGGCAAUAGACAUGUUCAACAAGGCCAUCAACCUGGCCAAGUCAGAGAUGGAGAUGGCCCACCUGUACUCGCUGUGUGACGCGGCCUACGCCCAGACGGAGGUAGCCAGGAAGUACGGGCUGAAGCCACCCACGCUGUAACUGCCCUGUCACAUGACCCACCCGACCCAAGCCCCUCCCACUCUCCACUGCUGAACCUGAUCUAUUAUAACUGCAGAUGUUUUGGUUUUGUAGACAUGCUGAUCUGUGACUCGGUCCUCCCCCCCCUUACCCCCCCCAGGACAGGGUUUGAGAAACGCUGCACUGCAUGAUCAUGUUUACGUCACUUUGAAUUGAGCUGUAACAAAGGAGAUGCUUUACUGUUGACAGCCAAGGCUAGAACCUAAGCAUCGGGUAAUUAAUGGUCUUAACCCACACACCCCUCUUCUCUUGGUACUUAGUUUAACCCAGACCACCAACCCUUAUGAUCCUUCCUGUCCCUCAGUGUCUGGUCUGUUACCAGGUGAAAACAGGUAUCUAUCCGGAAAAUAAUGAAACCUUCUAAAAUCAAAAGGGAGAUUCUUUCAACAGGUUUCUCAUUCUCGUUGACUAAUCCAUAUUCGGACGUAUUUAAGAUGGAAAAAGCGUUCUAGUCGCCUGCAUACUGAGAUAACUGGAUAGAGUUCCAAUGGACUGUUCAUUUGUUUGUUACUGUUCUUGUUCUCUAACACGUUUCUGUCCAGACACUUCCAUAUCCUCAACAUGACGUGGCAAAUUAAAUGCAGGAUUAAAAUGUUAGUCAAAUGUGUGUGUGUAAUGAUGGAUGUCUGUGUUUGGUGUAAUGCUGGAGUUGAUAUGCCGAUGUUUGGGAAAAGAGCCCAGGUGAAGUUAGGGUCCUAAAGGAGUGUUCAUUUUGGGAGGGUUGCUUGUUUUUUCCUUUUGAUAUAUUCUGUACAGCAUGUGAGAUUUCUCUUUCUAUGUAAACGUUAAUGCAAUGCUUGUGCUGAAAUACUGGUCUGAAGCUAUCUGGCCAUUUUGGAAAGGCUGACAUUAACAUUUAGAUCUAAAAUGAUUCAUGGCGUAAUUCAGCAUCAUUCUCAAAAUGUACUGCUUUUAUUUUUAUGUGGUUGUUUCUCCAACUUGUAGAUUCAGAAAAUGUCAGAAGGGACAAUUAUUUUAAAUAUUUUUUCAUGCUGUCAUCUUUUAUUUUGCAGAGGACAUCAUAUGUAGUGCAUCUGUUGGCGUUUGAGGAAUAAUAAUUUUGAGAAUAAAACAUGUAACUACGUUGGGAAACAACGCUGACAUUCUUCCCAUGCAGAGAUGCAUCACGACCAAAGUCAGAGAGAAUAAAGCUAUAACUUACUGAAAGA